AAGAAUUUAUAGGAUGAUAAUGGUUGGGCAGUGUGUGAAAACUGAAACACUCAAAAAGCUUCUCUAAACUUUUUGCUUUUUUUCUCUUCUCUCUGAUUUGUUCAUCACUUUCUUCUUUUUUAUCUGCUUUCAUUGCCCUAAUCAGAACCUCCAAAAUCCUAUACAGAUUUCUUCAGAAAGUAAAAAUCCAUUGGCUUCUUCUUCUUUUUCCCCCUCGUUCUCAUCCUCAUCACUUUGGCCUUUUUCCUUUGGUUUCUUCUUCUUCUUCUUCUUCUUCUCUCUCUUAUGGAAGUCUCUGUUUAUUCAAAUAGAAACAGUGGCCAAAUCCACUUGCAACACCACCAAAUCCCGGCGUUUGGAGACUGGGAUAAGGCCAAGGACUUGCCGAUCACUCAGUAUUUCGAAAGCGCUCGUCAGGCCGGUUUGAUCCGCUACAGUUCUUCCUCCGGUGAAAGCGGCCCCUGCUUUCCUCCCUCCGAUUUGUACUCCGCCGAUCGGAAGAAGCCUCCGCCGCUCGCCACUGCCGGACGCAAGGGACGGGUGAGGGAAAAGCGUAACCCGCAUGUGGGAUUAAAGGAACAUAAUAAUAAUCAGAUUCCAAUAAAGAAACAGCAGAUGCAACAAGGGAGAGUGUUCGACGUGACGGAAACGGGGGGAGCGCGAAAAUUGAAGCAAAACGACGUGUCGGUUCCGCAUCCUCCGGCUAGAUCCAAUGUUAGUAGACCGCCCAAGCCUGUUGAUGAAGAUCUCUACAAAAUCCCACCGGAGUUGCUGCAUUCUUCUAAGCGGAAUAAAAUGAAGGGCUUGUUUUCAAGGUGUUUGGUACCUGCUUGCAAUUGAGGAAUUGAAAUCUUGUGGCCCUGUCCAUUGGAGCUCAGCAGUAUGAGGAAUUGUUGAACUAUCAUAUCUAAUACCCCUUUGUUAUUUUAUUUUAUUUUAUUUAUUUUAUUUUUACAAGUUUUUGUUUUAGUUUUAAGAAAAUAGAAAUAGAAUAGAUUGGAUCAGUUCUUGUUCUAAUUUUAAUCUAAUGUAAAAAAAAUAUAUCAUAUAGAAAUCUUGAGAGGUACUAUCUAUUAAAUGAAUUAUAAUGCAUCAGUUCAGAAUUUUGAUUGUA